AUGUCCGACUCUCCAGACAUCCAGGUACAGAACUUAAGCUACAAGUUCCAAGAUGGCUCGCCCGGGUUGACAGAAGUCGGCUUGGAUUUACCGGCGGGGAGUCGGACAUUGCUAAUUGGAGCCAAUGGAGCCGGCAAAACCACCCUUCUGCGAUUAGUUUCAGGUAAACGCCUAGCCCCCAGCAACACAAUCGCAAUUGCAAACAAAGACCCCUUCAAAGAAGGCCUCGAGGGCGUCACCUACCUCGGCGUCGAAUGGGUCCUCAACAGCAUUGUCCGGACCGACAUCGAUGUACCUACUCUCCUUGCAUCCGUCGGCGGCAACGCCUAUCCAGAACGGCGCGAUGAACUUGUCGAUAUUCUUGACAUUGAUCUGCGAUGGCGCAUGCAUGCAGUUUCAGAUGGAGAGCGCCGUCGCGUUCAAUUAGCUAUGGGUCUCCUCCGACCAUGGCAAGUUCUCCUGCUCGACGAGAUUACGGUUGAUCUUGACCUGUUGUCGCGAAGCAACUUCCUUUCGUUCUUGAAGAGAGAGACGGAGACGAGGCCAUGCACGAUUGUCUAUGCGACUCAUAUUCUGGAUAAUCUGGCGCAUUGGCCCACACAUUUGGUGCAUAUGCAUCUAGGGAACGUAAGGCAGUGGGGUCCUAUCGAGAAGUUUAAAGAUGAAGCUCCCGCGACAUCGGAGAAUAGCCAGCUGGGGGAGAUUGUCCUCAAGUGGUUGAAGGAAGAUUUACAGGCUAGGGGACCGCGAAAUGGGCGCGGGAACCAAGCAAAGACUUACGAGUCUGGAGGAAUCGGGGGCUAUGGUUAUGAGAAGUAUGAUAAGAGAUAG